CGCAUUCAUAUAGAUAUAGGUAUAGUAGCUAUAGGUAACAGUGUAACAGUGUGCUAUAUAUCAUACAUAUGUAUACAUAUAGAUAUAUAUAUAUAUAUAUAUAUAUAUAUAUGUAUAGAUGAUAGUGCUACUGACUUUGUGGUUUUAGAUUCCAUCGAUGGGUGUUGUAUUAUAUUAUCAACAACACAAGCCUUCACAUGUCAAUAACUCUGAGUGCAAACAAGUCACUGGCAUCGAAAAUACAGUGAAUUAAAUCAGCACAUCAGAUUACUACACUCAGCGCAUACUUCCAAUUCGCACAGUAUUAUCACUGUACUUGGAAACAGUCCAUGGAUACGAGACUAUAGUGACUUAUCUCAUAUCUGUGGAAAAACCAUCGCAGCAAGUGCGAGCGAUCAUAUCAUAUAUACUUCUCACAACCCCUACAUAAACUAGGCAACGGUCAAAUAUAGAGUCACUUAUAAACAAACAGAAACACACUAAGGUCAACACCUCACACCUCACAUCUCACAAUGGACUUGUUCGAAGACAACAUACAGUUGCGUCGCCGUCGGUCGAAGGCGAGCGCAGCGCACUAUGUGGGCUAUGUGGAUGACGAAGAGAGUGCUGUGUCCAUCAUGAAGAAGUUUGAAGAGCUCGAUAGGAUCAAGGCUGUGAUCAAGGAGACGGCGCCCGAAUUGCCAAAUAAGGGUAAGAAUGCAGCGAAGGAGACAGACGAUUUGCUCACACAAGAACAACUGGAAGAGGUCUUCAAGCGCACGUCGAUGUUCUCCGCCCGAUCGCUACAAAAUGGCCAACGAAGACCACAAUAUCAAAUGGAAGAGCUGAAUGAGUGGCAGGACAGCCUGUUCAUGCGGGAUCGAAGUGAUGACGAGUAUGACGCCUCAUGGAGUGAUGAUGACGAACUGUGGGAGACUCACCCCGCAAAGAAACCAAGGAAAGUGCGCACCGCCGGAGCCAAAGUACCUAAGGCCAAAGCUGCAGCUGCGCGCGAAUCCACCACAACCAGCGGGUACGGGUCGGGUGUGCGCAAGCGGUCCAACUGGGACGAUCCCGAAAGGUGCUUAAACGAUCCCUGUAAGCCUACCUACGUGAGGAUACCUCUGCCAAUGAAUGCUGCAUGGGCUGGGUCGUGGAGGCUGCUGUCCGAUAUGGCCCCUAAAUAUGACCUGCCCUGUUCAGAAUACCAUGAAGUGAAUCUCCAAACAACGGAUGUGGCGGAGCUAGUCCAGAGAGAAGACUUCCAGUGCAUCUACAUGGAUCCACCUCUGUGCACACUCGGCGAGGAACCGAGGCCUGGCGAUAUAACCAUGGCGCAAUUGGUAAGCUAUGCGUGUGGUGCAUGCGGUACCGGCGUAUGGUUCAUCGGGGUAGUGAGAGAGUAUGUCAAGGAGUCAAUCAUGAGACAAGCGGUGAGCGUGUGUGGGUGUGUACCAUGA